AUGAAGUUGCCGUGGAUCCUCAGCGCCUUCUUGGCGGUCGCAGCGGCCGCGUCGUGCCCGGUAGGCAACGUCUACGACGCGACGGCCGAGCAAUGUGUGCCCUGCGCGUUUGGCUCGUGGGCUGACGGCGACAUGACCCAGUGCCAAUACCCCGUGACAUGCCUCGCGGGCCUCGAACCUAACGCGCACGCGCGCAACGCGUCCGACUGCCUGCCCUGCGUGGCUGGUUGGUACAAUGCUGCCAACGACGUCUCGUUGUGCAAGCGCAUGACGUGUGCCCCGGGUACCGCGAGCACGGUCGUCGGAGCCAAAGACGCAACUGCUUCAUGCAAGGCGUGCCCUGUGCUGACGUACUCGAUGGGCGCGGACGCCCCCUGCGUGGCAUGCCCACCUUUUCACUACGCGCCAGGCCAAAGCAGCCAUUGCGAUCUUGUGCAGUGUGCACCGGGAUCGCGCCCGGCGGGUAAUUUGACAUCAUCCAGCGACUGCGUUCCUUGUCCGUCUGGAACGUACAGCUUUGGGGGUCUCGACACGGAGUGUCAUCCUGUCCAAUGCCUUGGAGGCACCGAGCCCCGCGCAAACGCCAAGAAUGCCACCGACUGCUUGCCUUGCAAGCUCGGGUGGUUCUCGCCCGGAGGCGACGUCAUGUGUGCGCCGGCGACGUGCCCCAGCGGAACGGUCGCCAAGCACGGCGCCACUACGGCCUCCGACCACUGCGUGGCUUGCCCUUCUGGACACGUGUCGGCUGGGAAAGACGCGGCCAAGUGCACGCCGUGUCGCGCCGGCACCUAUGCGAAGAGUGACAUUUGCGCCCCCGCUGAGUGUUCUCCCGGAAGCUACGCCCCCGACUUGGCCAAGGAUGUUGCCCAUUGCUUGGACUGUGCGUUCGGCACGUUCUCGAACGGGAAAACGGACGCCUGCCACCCGUUCACGUGCCCCGGCGGCAACGAGCCAAACACGAAAGCAAGCUUCGACGGCGACUGCGUUGGCUGCCGCCUCGGGUUCUUCUCCGCGCCCAACACGUCGAUUUCGUGUGAGCCCGCGCAGUGCCCGAAGAGCACCCAAGCCUCGCCCAACGCAACGUCGGCGGACGACUGCGGUCCGUGCCCGGCAUUGCAGACUUCCAUUGGCGGCUCGGCGCUUUGCGGAGCGCCCAACUGCACGGCAGGCUCUGGACCAACGCAGGAUGGACAGUCGUGUGCAGUAUGCGAGAUUGGCACGUUCAGUCCAGGCCACGGUGCUCCUUGCCGCAAGGUGAAGUGCGCCCCGGGUCACACACCAGCCAAGGGCGCGACCGAUAUGGCGACCGACUGUGUUCCGUGCCCUGAAGGCACGACCAAUUUGGGGGGGACCAUGACGGAGUGCACUCCGUGUCCGCGAGGGACGUACUCGAACGCAACAGCGGGAACAAACACGUGCACACCAACUGCGUGCGAGCUCGGAUGGGAGGCCAAGACUGGCGCCAAGCACAAGCGCGACUGCGUCAUUUGCGGCCAAGGCUUCUUUAGCAACACGCAAACUUGCCAGCCGACGCAGUGCCCACUCAACCAAGCUAGCGCCAAGGGAGCCUACGACGCGAUCGGCAACUGCACGGCUUGUCCGUUGGGAUACUUGUCCGAGGGUGGGCAGGAUCCAUGCCAUCCUGCCGAGUGCGCCCCGGGGUACUCGCUGCCACCCAACACCACGCAGUGCCAAGCAUGCCAGCCGGGCACAUUUGGGAAAGGGCUGGCAAUGCCGUGCGUGGCAAUGACCUGUGCCCCGGGCACCGCGUCGAGCGCAUUCGGGGUCUUCCACGACCUUGAUUCGUGCCUUCCGUGCGCCAACGGCACGUACUCGACAGGGAACGAUGCUCAGUGCUUUCCGAUUCUGUGUGCCCCGGGCACGACUGGUAACUCGGGCGCCAAAGGACCUCAAGACUGCGUCGAGUGCCUUGCAGGAUAUACGUCCCUCGGAAACGACACAAGCUGCACGGCGUGUCCGUCGGGCACGUAUGCCACGUCUGGAGCGAACAAGUGUCUGCCGACGACGUGCGACAUUGGCUGGGAGCCCAAUGCCAAGGCCACAAGUGCGACCGACUGCCGCCCGUGCAACGUCGGCAUGACGUCGAAAGGCGGGGGCGCCCACUGCCGCCCCGUGGCGUGCCCGAAAGGAGCUUUUGCAACUGAGAGCUCGGGCGACUGCGAGCCGUGUCCGCUGGGCACCUACUCGAACGGCGACUCGAUUUGCCGCCCCACGCAGUGCCCCCCGGGGCGCGGGGCUGUUCGAAACGCCAGUGACGCCGUCGCCGAUUGCGAGGAGUGUCCUAUCGGCACGUUUAGCAUUGGCGACGACCAUGCGUGUACCCCGACGUCGUGCGCUGUCGGGUCCGAGUCGGCGGUCACGGGGUCGGAGCUCGAGAAGGGGCAUUGCAAGCCUUGUGCCGAGGGUUACUACAGCGCCGGCAACGGCGAUCAGUGCAAGCAAGCCGUGUGUCCGCCAGGGAUGUUUUUUCCUCUCGGAGCCAAGGACUCGCUCGAAAGCUGCACACUGUGCCCCGCGGGCCAAUUCAGCGCCGGCGAACAAAUGCCCUGUGCAAAUACCACGUGCGCUCCUGGCUCGGCAUCGCCAAUGGGGGCCGCCGACGUCCAAGCGCAGUGCGCGCCAUGCCCGCUGGGAACGUUCAGCUCGGGAGCGUCGGACCAGUGCCACCCGACAGCUUGCGCCGAAGGUCACGAGCCCGUGCCAACGAUGGCCAAUGCCACAAGCUGCAAGGCGUGUACCGCCGGCUACUACUCCAAAGGCGGCGCCCAAGUGUGCAAGCCCAUGACGUGUGCACCGGGCGCCUCGUCCACAGCUCUGCACGCUAGCGAUACCAAUGCGACGUGCGUCAAGUGCCCUCCCGGGUACUUUGGUCUCGGUGGCGCCCAUUCUUGUGAGCCGGCGCAAUGUCCCCACGGAGCAGCGUCCGCCCGCGUCGGCGCGAGCGACCCUGCCUCGACGUGCCGCGCAUGCCCUGCGGGCGCCUACGGGCGGGGCGGCGUCGACCAGUGCAAGCCCACUCAGUGCCCACCGGGCACGGCCUCUCCCAGCAACGUGGACCACCCAGAGGACUUCUGCGUCACCUGUGCGCCGGGAACGUACAGCCCGGGCGGCACGCUUCGCUGCACCCCUACGCAAUGUGCUCCGGGCUAUGCUGCGCCCGCCGGUGCAACGGACCCGCUAGCCAACUGCAAAAUUUGCGUCCAAGGCAACUUCACCAUCGAUCAGACGUGCACGGGCUUGGUGGUGUGCCCGGUGGGCUUUGGCGCGCCCGCCGGUGCAUCAAGCGCCCAAGACCAGUGCGUGCUGUGUGACCCGGGGUACUUUAGCCUCGGCCAAGCCGCGCCAUGCACCCCCGUCACCUGCGCGGCAGGAUCGGGCGCGCCACAAGGAACUGCUACCUGCCAGUCAUGUGCACCGGGGUACUACAGCACCGGUGGCACAGGCGCCGACGCGGUGUGCAAGCCCAUGACUUGUGCGUCGGGCUAUGGCUCGUCGGCCGUUGGCGCCACGGACGCCGCAGCCACGUGCACACUGUGUCCCGCGGGAUCCUUCUCGGCGGGCCAAUUCCAUCAGUGUGUCGCCACAAAGUGCCCACCCGGAACGAGUUCCCCCGAGGGUGCCGAUGUGCCCAUCCAACAGUGCACUCUCUGUCCAAGCGGGUCCUUCUCCCGCGGCGGCAACGCUUCGUGCGAGAUUGGGCAGUGCGAUACUGGCUUUGCGAUGCCCCCGGGCUCGGUCCGUGCCGACGACUGCCUCUUGUGCGGUGACGGGUUCUACUCGACAGGUCGUGCAACGCAGUGCAUCGCCUGCAAGUGCGGCGCCGACUCGACGUGUGUGAAUGGCACGUCGACGUGCGUUGCUUGCCCUGCCGGCUACAAGAAACAGUCCACCACUGGUGUCUGCAUCGCGACGACGGCGCCAACCUACGGUGCGGUCGUGACACUCCAAGUCGAAGGCUACGCGCCGUCGCUUUGGAGCGAUGUGCUUGUGGAUGCCCUCACUUCGUUACUGGCGUUGCAUCUCGCCGAUGCAAGCAUCGUCGCCGAGCUCUACGCGCGGACGCCGACGACCGACACCACCAACCCCGUGGGCGCCAGCAGCGCGAUUCUUCGUUUCGGCGUCGCGACGGCAGACGGGGCCGCCGCGCUCGUUGCGUUCUGGAAAGACACAUCGCGUGUCCAGGCGUUUGCUACGUCGGCGUCGGCCGCCGGUGGCCUCGAGCGUCUUCGAUCGCUCACGGUCCAGGCGGUGGACGGUGCUGAUGCUACACCGGCCGCGGCCGACGCACCGGUGGCCAAGUACGCGUUGGCCGUCGACAGCAGCAACGAGACAAUGACGCCUGCGAUGCACCACCGCUACAACCUUCAUGUUGGCCUCGGUGUCGCCGCCAUCAGCGCCUUCAUCGGUUUCGUGGGUCUGCGCCGAGUGCACCAAUGGAACGCGGCUCUCAACGCCGACGCUUCGACAAUCUCUGCGAACGCUAUUGUGUUGUCGGCGUCCGUGUAACAAUGCAUAUAUAUACCCCUUUUUCUGUGUGACCCGUCC